AUGGUCCAGUGUACAGGAGACAAAGAGGGCGUCGCCCUGCCAGAGGUCAGGCUCAUGCUGAUUGGUUGGAGAUGGGCCGGUAAGAGCUCCUCUGAUAACACCAUACUGAGAACCGAACGGUUUGAGUGUGGAAGAAUCCGAACAGCUCAGGCAGAAGUAGGUCACGGAGAGGUCGAGGGCUCGGCUUUCUCAAAGCAGCAGAGGAUAACUGUGGAGGAGCACAUGAAGCUGCUGGGGGACACAGCUUGGAGGUACACAUAUGAAAAAAAGAAAUCAAUUCCAAAACUGCAGCUCAUUCUUCUGGGAAGUCGAUCUUUUGGGAAGACCUCAGUUGGGAACACCAUCUUAGGACGCAAAGACCACGAGGAUGGCAUAAGAAUGACACACUCAGUAGCCCAGACAAGUUUUGUAGGUACAACUGAAGUAACUGUGGUUGACACACCAGGCUGGUGGAAAGGCUUCACUGUCAUUGACACUCCGGAAGUAGUCAAGGAGGAAAUGAAGCUUAGCAUGUUCCUUUGUCCUCCCGGGCCCCAUGUCUUUCUCCUGGUGAUUGAUGCAGAUGCGUCUUUCCGGGCAAGGCACUUGACGCAUCUGGAGCUUCUUGGAGAAGUAUGGAAAUGCACCAUUGUAGUCUUCACCAGAGGAGACUGGCUGGGAACCCGUAAUGUAGAAGAGUACAUUGAAGGCGAGGGAGAGGCCCUGCAGUCUCUAGUUGAACAUGUCAUGGACAGCAAAAACGCAGAUGAUGGCAGCCAAGUUACAGAGCUGCUCCAGAAAAUCUCUGAAACUAAAGCUGGAAAUGACUGGAGCCAUUGUGUCCCAGAUGAGCAAAUCCUUUUGAAAAUUGAAGAAAGAAGAGAAAAAGUGGAAGAAGCUGCAAAACUAAGACAAAAUCAAGUUGACACCAGAAGAAACAGCUUCAAAGGUUCUAGAUACAAAUUACCGGAGCUCAGAUUGUUUCUGCUUGGUGAAAACACAGUUGAGAAGAGCCCAUUAGGAAAUAUCUUGCUACACAAAGAAGUCUUUGCCCCCUGUCAGAAUGAGUAUUGUCAGGCAGAGCAGGGGAAAGUUGGUGACAGACUGGUCACAGUCGUCAACACCCCGGGCUGGUGGAAGGACCCGUCCUACUGCACUAAAGAAAUGGGCAAAAAAAUUGUGCAUGGUUUGACUCUGUGCCCAUUAGGAGUUCAUGCGGUUCUGCUGGUUGUUCCCUUGCACUUGACAUUCAGAGAUGUUCAGAAGGUUGCCACUGAGGACCACAUGAACCUCCUGGAUUCCAGCGUCUGGAAUCACACAUUGGUUCUUUUCACCUAUGGAGACAAACUCGCAGACGAAUCCAUAGAGGAGCACAUUGAGAAGGAGCAUCAUGCUGUGCGCUGGCUGGUAGACAAGUGCAAGAACAGAUAUCUUGUCCUGAAUAAUACAAAGAAAAAUGAUGUGCGUCAGAUUAUGGAGCUCUAUGGAAAGAUAGAUGACAUGGUGGCAGGGAACAAUGGCCAGCUCUUCUGCCCGGAUAUGAACACAAUCCAUCAGAGAAUUCAUGAGAAGUUCAGAAGGAAGAAAGCAAAGUAUGUCGUGAUCCAGCAACUGAAUCAGGAGUACAGGACGAGGGAGCUGGAGCUGAUGAGAGGCUUCAGACAAACACUCCUCGAUUUACAAUCCGAGAUCAAGAGAAGCUCAUCAGGCAUUAAACACAAAGCGAUUGCUGAUGUAACAAAAAUUAAAAUCAAAGGGUUUGGUGAAAGCAAGAAGGAUGGAAAGGAUAGAGAGGGGAGCAUCGAUAUGAAAAUCAACCAGGAAAUUGAAAAAAUGGAUAAAGGCACACUGCAGUCAACAGAUCUUCUUCGAAGUAGCAAAUACUUUCUGAUGCCUGACUUCAAGAGAGAUGAACCAGGACCAUUAUUUACUGACUUUGGUGGAGUUCUGGAUUGGAUGUCGACACUCAGGUUCGACACAAAUAUCAACAACCAAAUGUCAGUCAGGUCUCAGACAUCAGGAUACAGAUCUGCAGCAGAAGAUGACUUGUUUUGA